AUGGAGGCUGCAGAUCUACUUCCGCUGCUUGAGCAGCUAGACGACAACAUUGAUGACCUCGAGGAGAUUCUCCAGCCUGUGUUGGACGGCUCCGUCGUGAAAACGUCGAGCAAUCUUCCAGUACUGGACAAAGCCAAAUUCCAUGUCCUGGUCACUUAUGCUUUAGAAUCUCUCAUCUUCUCCUGGCUGCGUCUGCAUGGUGUCAACGCUAAGGAACACCCGGUCUUUCGAGAAUUGACCCGAGUGAAGCAAUACUUCGAAAAGAUCAAAGAGCUGGAGACGGGACCUGAGCAACGCACUCUCAAGCUCGACAAGGAGGCCGCCGGUCGCUUCAUCAAACACGGUCUUGCUGGAAAUGACAAAUUCGACCUGGAGCGCAAAGAGCGAGAGGCGAAGGAAAGAGCACGCGCGCAGCUCAAGGCAUCACUCCUAGCGAAGAGAGACUCCUCAACCUCCGACCCACCGACCAAGACUGCCUCCGACGAAUCCGAAUACGAGUCUGAUGCCGAAAGCGAGGCCGCGGACGAGCAACCCGCGCCGACCACCCAAAAGAGCAAGAAGAAGCAACCAAACGACGACAAGAAGAAGAACAAGGACAAGCAGCGGAAGAAACUCAACAAAGAAGAACGCAAAGAAGUCAAGAAGGAUAGGCGGAAGAAGAAGAGCGACAUGCGCAAAGUGAAGAAUCUGAAAUGA